UAGUGGAUACACGUACGAGUGUAAUACAUUCAAGAUCGCGUGUUAGUUUUCACAUAGACGUAGCAGUGGUCGAAGCGCGUGACGCUCCUAGGCUACAACUAUAUAGGUACCUCGUAGGUACUAACGCAGUAAUUUUCGCGGUUAAUUUUAGUUGAUUUUUUUUUCAUACUUUUUUUGUUUCAACGGUUUUUAAAAUUAUUUAAUCAAUGGUUUUGAAAUUUAUUCCUGUGAUUUUUUUAAUUUGGUUUACAUUUAAUUGCCAUGGACAAACAGAAUCAAGAGAAACUCAUUUUCCUGGUUAUCAUUUCUGUGGACCGGGAACGGACUUUUUGGAACGAAUUGCUCGCGGUCAGCUUGGCAUCAAUAAGCUAGACGAAGCGUGUCGAUUACAUGAUUCUGUUUAUACAAAUAGUACAGAUUUUAAACUGAGAAUGGAAGCCGACAUGAAAUUGGAAACACAGGCGUGGGAGCGAGUGAUAGCGAAGGAUAGCAGUUACAAGGAGAAAAUCGCUGCAUGGAUGGUGACAAACGUCAUGAAAGUGAAACGAAAGUGGAAUACUCGACGUCUACAACGGGAAUUUGGUAAAAAACCUAGUGAUUUAUUAACUCCUACGCCCAAAAAACCUCGACGUUCAAUUGGUGACUUCCCCAAAACUUGGUUCAGGUUGCGACUUGGAUAAGAAUUACACUGAGAUUAAGACAAAAUCGUGUUUGCAUUAAAUGUAAUACUAAUAAAGAAUUAUUGCUAAGUACAAAUCUGCAAUAUCGUUGAACCUUGAAAUUCAAUAGGUAAUGGAAUGAUGUUUAGCAACUACACGCUGUGAUAUUAUAUGUUUAGUUAAAUACAAUUUUUUAUUGCACUAUGCGUACUAUUAUUAGUUCAAAAGCAAAAUAUAAUAAGUAUUGAAUGAGAUAACAACCAAUCUAAAGCAUUUGUUUCUGAUCAGUGUUAGACAAUGUGGUAAUGUUGAAUUGCAUAAAUGUAAUGUAUGCCCAGUGCCUACAUACCUUUACGUAGUUCAAUACAAUAUUUUUAACAUCCAUGCUUAUUUAUUUUAAUGGUAUAUAAAAAUGUAUGACUGUAUUAUAUUAUAUAAGUACCUAGUCAAUGUAAAUAUAAUUGCUAUUGUUUUUUUUUUUUUUUUUUUUAAGGACAUAAGUUGUUUUAAAAUAUGUUCAUGGUAUUAUUAUAUAAAUUAAAACAUAAUAUUUAUAAUUAUUCAUUUUAGUUGUUAUUUUUUUUUUUUAAAUAUUUUUAAUUUUAAUUAAAUUAAUUCUUUUAAUCAUUUUUUUAUGCAAAUUUUCUUAUUUUGUUGAGAGUGGUAUGUAAUAACAAACUAAUUAAUUUUUUUGAUUAUAUUAUUAUUCUUAACAAAAGAUUAGUAUUGUACCUAAAUUGUCUAUACGCUACGCCGUGCUACAUUUCAUUGAAAUAAAAAUAAUUUAUUAAUUUA